AUAUAAUGAGAGAAGUUGAUUUUGAGUGGAAGUUGGACAGAUGCCCAGAAAUAAGAGUGUUGCAUUCCAGGUCCUGAAGGCUGCUCCAGUAUUAGAGGACAGAGAAGAGUUCUCAGGUAUCAGCCAUUCCCAGAAAGGCAUUCCAUCUGCAGCACAGAUCAGCGUUCUAACUCUAGAUAGAAGACUGCAAGAAACGGGCACCAGUGGAGAGCUUCUGAGCAUGAAUCACACCACCCUGAGAGCCAACUCAACAUUUCUUUCAUCUUCUGUAUCAAAGUACAUGAUCCUGGAUUUACUGACAGUCAUCUGUGCCCUGUCAGGCCUAUUCUGCUUAUGUGGCAUUGCAGAAAGCCCAACUCUCUGUAUGCCCAACUUGUUGGUGCUUAUUUCGGAUGAAUCUGGAAACAUUUCACAGUGUUUUGAAAUCCCAAUUUUCACUGAGGACAGUGAUUCCCCAAUACGUCAUGGUCCUAGAAUCCUAGAUCACGCAGCAGGUGCUCACCACUUCUCUGUUCCCAGGGGCACCAGUGGAGAGCUUCUGAGCAUGAAACACCACCCUUUGCUCUGGCUCCUGGGCUUCCGUGUGAGCAGGAACCCCAUCUCAGUCUACAUCCUCAACCUGGCUGCAUCAGACUUACUUUACCUCUGCUGCCUUCUUGUAUUCUACCUAUGGAAACUCAUUGACUACUUUGUCUUUAAUUACUACAAUUACAUACACGCUGUGGGGAUGUGGUUCUACAGCAUGGGCCUGUUCAUGCUCAGUGCCAUUAGCGUCGAGCGUUGCCUUGCAGUCCUGUUCCCCAUCUGGUACCGCUGCCGCCGCCCAAGACACAUGUCAGCUGUCAUGUGUGCCCUGCUCUGGGCUCUGUCCCUACUGCUCACCAUGCUGCUACACUUCUCAUGUAGCUCUUUCUUUUCAAAGGAUGAGCUAUGUUUAAUAAUGCAUUCUGUCAUAGCCCCAUGUCUGAUAUUUGUAUUUGUUAUCCUCUGUGGGUCUAGUCUGACUUUGCUGGUCAGGAUGCUCUGCAGCUCCAGGAGGUUGCAACUGACCAGGCUGUAUGUGACCCUCGGGCUCACAGUGCUGGUCUUCCUCCUCUGUGGCCUGCCUGUGGGCAUCAUGCAUGUUUUGGAAGCCAUAGAUGCUCCUGGAAUUCCGUUUUCCACCUUUAUUUUGCUUGAGAGUGCUGCUUUUUUGCUGUCUAGUAUUAACAGUAGUGCCAACCCCAUCAUUUAUUUCUUUGUUGGCUCUUUUAGGCAGAAACACCAACAGUGGCAGCAGAGGCGGUCCCUGAAGUUGGUUCUCCAGAAGGCCCUGGAAGAUGUAGCUGAGGGAGAGAAAAGUGGAGAAAGUCCUCCUCAGGAAAGUGUGGAGCUGUCAGGAUCUCCUUAAAGGAGCAAUUCUCUAUCUACCAUCAGUCACUCAGAGAAGCAGUUCCUGUAGAAGAUCAUAUUUAUAAUUGUGAAAGGUCAAACCCUAGUAUAGAUAUAGAGACACAAAUAGAGACAUCUGCCCAUUUAUCUAUGUAUUGUAUCUCGCAGCUUUCACAUGUAAGAGCAGUUGAAUAGUUGCAACAGAGGCCAUUUUACUGCAAAGAUUAACAUAUUUACUAACUUGCUCUCUCUCUCUCUCUCUCUCUCUCUCUCUCUCUCAAUGUCUCUCCCUCUGGGCCUACUUGGAUGCCCACACAAGUCAUAUAUGAAUGUUUUUACUAACAUAACAAUAAGUUCUGGAUACAUUAUCUGGUAAGGAUGUUGUCUCUUUCUCUCAGGAUGGAGCUUCAAAUAUGCAGGAAGCUAGCACCAAUAAUCAUAAGCCAGGACUGAGCAAAAUCAACUACAACCCCUUCCAGUCUCUCACUGCUUGAAAAUUUGAUAUUAUGAGGAUUAUUUAGGUGAACUUGGCUGCUUUCAUCAAAGAGCUAAAUACACCAGGUCCAGUAGUCAAAAACUUCAGAGGCUGACAAAUGGUAAGUAGAGCGAUUGUAGGACCAGCAGUUGCUUCAUUUUGGUUCAUGCCAGUGAGGCAGCCAACAGAGAAACAGCAACACACACGAGCAUCCCAGUAUUGUUGCACCAACUAUAGCAAACAAAAACUGUGUUGCUGCUGUUUCGAAUCCAGUCAUGAAAUCUUGAUCCUCAACCUAACUAGAAACUUAACACAAAAGAAAUCUGGAGAAUGUAGUUAGUGUCAGUCACUUGACAUUUCAAAUAAUCCUAGCCUAUUCUUUGUCAACCUGGUGAAUAUUUAUUCAUCUUCUUUAGACCGUAAUUCCAAAUAAAGACAAUGGCAAGGCUCUCUGUUUCAUUAUGACUGU